AUGUUUCUAACAUGGGCCCCAAUAGGUCUCGGAGCUAUAAUUGUAGGUGGUCUUGGAAAUUGGAUUUGUUUAAAUAAACACAUGACUCCAAAAAAUUUAUUACGUGACGAUCGUGAUUAUUAUAUGUAUUUGCGAGAUCGUCGAAUCACCGGAUGUGAAUAUUAUCCAAAGGGUCUUGAAGACUUGGAUGAAGCACCAAAACCAAAAAAAAGAAAAACCCUAUGGAACUGGUAG